CAGACCUACCUACCACUAGCGGUUCUACAGGUCGCAGGUUCAACUCUUCGAGUUGACGCAGGUAUUGUACACAGGAUGAUAUCAACCACUCCUAUUUUACUAACUAGGAUGACCGGAUUACCAGUUUGGAGAGCAGUCACUCAGCUUUUUCCAAAAAGUUGGAUGACAUCUCUGCCAAACUGGAUCUGAUCUUCACUCACCUUCAGAUCCCUACGACUCCUCCUGCUCCUCCUCCCCUGGACCUUCUCAGGGAAAACCUGCAUCACCCCCACACUCCAGACCUCCAUCUCCACCCCCUACACCCACAUCAAUAGCAGCUUCACAACCCUCGUCACCAUUUGAGUUUCAGCGGCCUAGGCUGACACCGCCACCCAUGUUCUCAGGCGAGGACCCAACAGUGGAUGAGGCUAACUGGGUUGCUGCACAGAGAACCUACCUGAGUGGGUUCAAAUGUGACGAGGACGUGAAGGUGUCAGCCAUCCUUGCUCGCUUGGAGCGAUUAGAAUUGAAAUGGUGUACCUCCACCUCCAGCAAGCAAGGUAUGGAGAUGGCUGACUCGGCGCAGAGGUUGGGGGUGGCUGGAUUUCUGCAGGCCCUGCAGGACCGGUUUGCAGACAAGGAGCAGGCCAGGAAAGCAGCAGACAAAAUUAUGCGCCUGGGCCAGAAAAAGUUUGAUGGCUCCUUGUCCAAACUGUAUUCCACCUUUGAGAGUCUGACAUCGACUCCUGGGUUGGAGAUGAGUGAGCAGGAUCUGCUCAUUCAUUUCCUAAGGGCAGCGCCUGAGCAAUUCCAGCUUGCUUUUUUCUCUCAGGGCCACAAGGACUGGCGGUCUUUUGGCAGAGCAGCCCUGGACUUGGAGUCCAAACUCCAUGUCCAUGAAGCACCUUCUAAAGGAAGGAAGGGACCCUCCUCCAAAGGGCGAAGGAGGAGGAAGGGUGCCCUGUUUGCUGCUGCAACUUCUGGUUCAGAUAGUGACGCAGCAUCCCAUGGAGUUGCAUCCUCAGGGUCUUUCACUUUUGAAGACUUUGAGUUGUAUGAGACGUGGGAGGAGGAUGAUGCUCAGUGUAUUGAUGAUCUUUUCCUGUCCUUGCAGGAGAAGAAGAAGCAUAAGUUUGAACUCAUCCUGCUUCGACCCUUCAUCCUGGGAGCCAAUAUAAGAGGGCUCUUAGACUGUGGGGCUACUCGCAACUUCAUCUCUCCCAAGGCAGUCAGCAAGCUGCACUUGGAUCAGAGGUUGGUGAAAUUGCGACAGCCUUUGGAGGUUCGCAUUGGGGACUCCUCCACAGUCAGGAUUACUACUGUUGUCAAGUGUCUCACUGUGUCCUUUGACAAGCAGGGGGAAGUCAGGCACCGCCUGAACUUCUAUGUGUUUCCUAACGUUCCCUUUGACCUUGUCUUCUCUAUGCAGUGGCUUGGUGCCACCAAUCCUAGGAUCAACUGGCGGAUCCCUAGGGUUGAGCUACCUGACCGGCAUGGGGUAUAUCGCCCUUGCAUGCUCGCUGACGAGUACCAUCCGGCCAGCAGCUAUUACUGCAUGAGUGCUCGCAGAUUUCUGCGAUUCUCACGCCAGACUAACCACGCCCGUCUGUUCGUGGCUUUUGUCAAACAGACUGACGUGGAGACUGCUCCCAGUCCCUCUCAGAUUCAGCAGGUUGUGGAUAGCUUCUCAGAUCUUAUGGAGGAGCCUACUGGACUUGUCCAUAGGCAAACCAAACAUAAGAUUGAGAUCCUGCCUGGCUCGGUCCCUCCCAAGGGCCGGGUCUACAAAAUGUCUCCUGCUGAACUCGAAGAGCUCAGGAAACACAAGAUCGAUCUCAAAUCUGGCUAUCACCAGAUUGAGAUGGCUGAAGGCGAUGUCCACAAGACAACCUUCAAAACCAGUUGUACUGUCCAGGAACAUGCGCAGCAUCUGGCUCUGGUCCUCCAGGCCUUGUGUGCUAACCAGUAUAAGAUCAACAGGGAUAAGUCCUCUUUUGGUUCCUCUGUAGUCUAUCUGGGUCACGUCAUUUCUGGAGAGGGGUUGGCUCCUGAAGCAACGAAAGUUGUUGCCGUUCAGGACUGGCCGCGACCUGCUAACAUUUGUGAUGUCCGGUCAUUCUUGGAGCUUGCAUCGUACUAUAGGAAGUUCAUUAAGAACUUCUCUUCUAUUGCAGUUCCCUUGACUGAUCUCAUAAACAAAGACACUUCCUUUCUUUGGACAUCAGAAUGUCAGGAGGCUUUCACACGUCUCAAGGAGGCCUUGAUUCGUGCCCCUGUCUUGAAGCUACCUGACCCUUCCCUGCCUUUUGUGCUUACUACUGAUAGUAGUCAGUAUGGUGUAGGGGCGGUACUUCAGCAGGAUGAUGGGAAUGGUCUGCAGCCCAUUGAGUAUAUGAGCAAGAAGAUCAAGACUAAAAAGUUGCAGGACUCUACCUUUGAGAAAGAGCUUUAUGAUCUUGUGUCAGCGCUCAAGCAUUGGAAACACUUUCUCCUGGGCAAGCACUUCAAGAUCUUUUCAGAUCACUCCACCCUUCAGUGGGUGAAGUCCCAAGGAGAGCUGAAUGACAAGCUUGCGCGCUAUAUUCAGUUCAUUGACAUGUUUGACUUUGAACUGAGACACAAGAAGGGCUGCUACAAUCGAGUAGCAGAUGCCCUUUCUCGUAGGCCUGACGCUCUUUUUCUGAUCUCCUUCACUCACUCAUUUGGAGAGAGGACACGUCAGACCAUUGGCCAGUUGCUGCCCCAGGAUGAGAUCUUUGGGCCUAUUGUGAGGAAUCUCCAGGACGAUCCUGCCUCUGAACCAGGAUAUACUCUGGUCUCAGGUCUGCCGUAUACAUGCAGCAAAGGUAAGGAGCGCCUGUGCAUUCCCCAGGACCGCAAGCUGCGGACACUUCUGAUGUCAGAGUGUCACGAUGCUCAUGGUCACUUUGGUGCCCUCAAAUCUUAUGCAGCCCUGUCGCAGCGCUUCUUCUGGAAGGAGAUGAGGAGUGACAUACUGCACUAUGUGGAAACCAGUGAGUUAUGCCAAAGGAACAAGGUUGUACGUCGACCUCCUCUUGGCCUACUCAAACCCCUACCUAUCCCUGAUGCACCUGCACAGUUAGUGUCAAUUGACUUGACUGACUUGGGUACUCCGACUACACCGCGUGGUAUGCAUCAGGUCAUGAUAUGUGUGGAUCGGUUCUCCAAAUAUGCAGAGUUCAUCCCCUUACCAACUGAGGCUCGUGUGACAGCCGUUCAGGCGGCGUUUGCUGACAGGUGGGUUACACAUCAUGGGCCACCCACCUCUAUCGUCAGUGACAGAGAUCCCCGAUUUUGCAGCAAUGAAUGGCAAUCCUACUCCAAGGAUUACCUUCAUUCUCGUCUGGAUAUGACAUUUGGUCGGCAUCCUGAAGCCAAUGGACAGGCUGAAGUGAUGAACCAGAUUCUUUUCCAGCUGCUGCGUCUUGUGAUCAGUCCUGAUCAGCAGGACUGGGAUCUCCAUCUGGGUCGUGCACAGCUUGUGUAUAACACGUUUGUACACUCCUUUACUGGCUACACACCCUACCGGUUACACGAGGGUCGUGAGCCAACGCAGCCUCUCGAUAACAUCAUCGACAAGGCUACCCCUACGCUGACACCUGGAACUCCAGAGUUCACCAGGCGUUACCGUGUGGACAUAGAGCGCACCCAUGAGAACAAGAAACCAUUCUUCCAAAAGCUUUAUGAUGAUGUCGUGCAGAGGGAAAGGGAGGCACAGGCAGCAGCCAGAGCCACAAGCAUAGCUGCCCAGGUGACCCUCCUUCAGGUCCCGGAAGCCAAUGCUGAUCCGUUCCAGGAGAGAAUAGCUGCUGCCGUAGCAGCCUUGGUUCGACUGCGGAACUUAGAAGACAGUGAGACCUGUGUAACAACACUGGAGCAGCGGAAUCAAGAGCUACAGGCUGAGAUAAUCAGCCUCAAACAAUCCCAAUUGUCUACCCCCCGCCUUCCUAACCCUCGACCUGCUGCAGUCCCAGCCUCUCAAUCCAACACAGUCCUCAUGGCAAGAGCAAGUGGAACUGUGCCAAGCGUAGGAACCAGUGCCAGCUCCUCAAGCGGCAGCGCCGACAGUUCUGCACUAGUCAUAGUCCCAAAUGCAGGGACAUCAGCCCAAAACGCCUCAGUCCUUACUGGCGUUUGGUACAGCGGUCCCGUAGUGGACAAGCGGGCGGCCACCUUGCCGUCCAAGUACGACGGGAAAGCGGAUAUCACCUCUUGGAUAAGUUCCAUGCGCUCAUACUUCGAGGUCAUGCGGACACCGCAGAAAGACCGAAGCAUGAUCAUGGGCACUAAUACUGAGCCCGCCGUACGAAAUCCCAUCGAGCUCCAAGCUGUUGCUGCAGGUUAUGAAAGAAUUGACCUGACUGAGUGGUUGAAAGUAACUCUUGUGCGCGCCCUUGAGGAUUUUCUCAUCACACGGUACCAAGAUAAGCAUGAUAGGCUCAAGGCUAGGCUGAAGCUUGAGGCCCUCAAGGGCCAAACAUGGAGGUCCUCCAUGCAGGCUUUGGAACAGCACUUGACUCGUCUGUUCACCACUCCAGAUCUAGGAAUGACUGACGUGUCUUGUAUGGAUGUAGUCAUGGGAGUGCCCCCUAAAGAAUACCUCUCCCUGUUAGCACUCAAAGACCAUACCACCUGGCGAGAGCUCAUGACGGACCUAGUCAACCUAGAGGCCAAGGACCUCGCCAGGCGGAAGAAGGCGCCCGCUGCAGGUGGAAAACCACAACGCAAGCAGUAUGGAAGCAGCAACCAGCUUGCCCUGCAUGAACAUUGGGAACAUGAAGAUCAGUCCUACGCGGAUGAUCUGUCUCUAGAUGACGAUCUAGAGCCGGACUCCGAUAUGGGCUGUUCCACAUCAACCAUUGAGUCCUACGUAAACGAAGACGAAAAACUUAAUGCGACAUCAGGGAAACACGCAAAGGGCGUAGAGGAGUCAUCAGCACUCCCUACAACAAGGGAAGCUCGGACAUCAGUUGCAGGCCCCUCCAAUGAGCUUGAAUCUGAUCAACAACCUACUCUUAAAGCCCGGAACGACGCUGAAUCCAAGGCUGCUGCAAUUCAUGUGCUAUACACCGAGCCUUGGGAGGAGUCUAAGGAAGUUGACUUUGACGCUCACAUGGAACAUUGGCUGCUGCUCAAGCAGCAACGCCGUGUUCAAGGGAGUGUGGAGCUUACCUUCUUUAAACUGCUCAUUAACCGCCGAUACAUCCGCGUGCUGAUUGAUAGUGGUUCAACCACUAAUUUCUUUUCUCCUAACGUGAUUCGUAAGGCGGGUCUGGGAAUGAAGCAAGUGGAAUUGCAGAACCCUUGUCAGACCCAGGUGGGCAACCAAGAGGUUGUCACCUCCACACAUGCUGUUAAAGGUGUGCGCGUCACCUUUGACAAGGACCGCACUGUCACACAUGAGCUCAACUUUUAUGUCAUGGACAAGUGUCCGUUCGACGCGGUCAUUGGCUUGGGCUGGUAAAAGGCUCAUUGCCUAAGGACCACGUGGGCAGACAAUCAGUUCGUGGUGUGCAAUGCCAAGGGGAACAAGCGUACCGUCUUAUUGGAUGAAACGCGCGAGUCCCCUGUGACUCUUCUAACUGCAAACAAAUUCUGCAAAUCAGU